GACGCUAUUUCUUCAGCCGUCUGUGCCGGACGAGUGCAGUGCGUUUACAGACAUCGUUUGGUGAACAACUUUCAUAUGAAAAGUGAAUAUUAGUUUUUAAAAAUGAAGAUUUUAAUGAGAGCCGAUACACACUACAGCAUAGUGGUUAGGGAUAGUGAAUAUGAAAAACCGAAAUAUACUUUUUCUCAGGUUCUAGCCGCGGUAGCCGUUUCUAUGGGCUCUAUGAUUGUAGGGUUUUCCUCGGCUUACACCUCGCCAGCUCUGGUCACCAUGGAGAACAGCACUUAUAUAUCCGUAUCAGAAGAACAGGCAAGCUGGGUCGGCGGUCUGAUGCCUCUAGCAGCGCUUGUGGGAGGAGUAAUCGGCGGCCCACUCGUGGACUACAUCGGACGUCGCAGAACUAUUUUGUUCACCGCUAUUCCUUUCUUCAUUGGAUGGAUCCUAAUAGCUACAGCAAAGAUUGUACAUUUAGUACUAGCAGGCCGGGCAAUAUGUGGUCUUUGUGUGGGUAUCGGUUCCUUAGCUUUUCCCGUAUAUCUAGGAGAAACGAUACAACCUGAAGUUCGCGGUACACUCGGUCUAUUCCCAACGGCUAUAGGAAAUAUUGGCAUUCUGAUUUGUUACGUCGCAGGUAAAUACCUUGACUGGUCACAGCUCGCUUAUUUAGGAUCAUCUUUGCCGAUUCCAUUCUUAAUUCUUAUGUUCAUGAUCCCGGAAACACCUCGAUGGUAUAUCUCACGUGGACGGACGGAAGAAGCUCGUAAAGCGUUGCAGUGGCUUCGUGGACCAAACACUAAAAUCGAUAAUGAAAUUCGGGACAUAGCUUUAUCUGACGCAGAAAUCGGCAAAGAAUCUUCAGUGGCUGAACUAUUUAGUUUAAAAUAUAUGAAAUCAAUAUUCAUCUGUUUGGGCUUGAUGGCUUUUCAACAACUAUCCGGUAUCAAUGCUGUAAUAUUUUAUACCGUUAAGAUAUUCAAAAUGUCAGGAAGUUCCAUUGACGAGAACCUAUCGACAAUUAUAGUAGGAUUAGUAAACUUUAUAUCGACGUUUAUUGCUACAGCUUUGAUUGAUCGGGCAGGUCGCAAAAUGCUUCUAUACAUAUCUUCGGUUACUAUGACCGUGACAUUGAUAGUAUUGGGUACGUUUUUCUACGUACGAGAUACUUUAAAUAUGGAGGUAUCGACAUUAGGAUGGAUUCCACUUACAAGUGUCAUGAUCUAUUUGUUAGGAUUUUCAUUAGCUUUCGGACCAAUCCCAUGGCUGAUGAUGGGUGAAAUAUUGCCAGCGAAGAUCAGAGGUGCCGCAGCAUCGAUAUGCACUGCAUUUAAUUGGCUGUGUACAUUUACAGUAACAAAAACGUUUCAUAACAUUCUCGUUGGUAUAGGACCAUCUGGAACAUUCUGGUUGUUCGGUUCAAUAUGUUUUAUUGGUUUGUUUUUCGUAGUCGUAUGUGUACCAGAAACUCGUGGUAAGAGUCUUGAACAAAUAGAAAAUAAAAUGACGGGUAGAAAAGCUACUAGAACAAGAAGGAUGAGUUCCAUUGCCAAUAUUAAACCUUUACCCUGUGGUUGUUAAUGUAGAAGAAUAAUGUGUCAAGGCUCACUAUGAGUUAGGCAUUUAAGUUAUAUGUAUACUUAAUUAGUAAUUACUUAAAUUAUGUGCACCGCAUACUUACAAAAUAGGUACAGAAUGUAUUAUGGGGGCUAACAUCAAUUAUUAUGUAAUUAGGAAGAGUAAAUAAUUAUAGAUUACCUUGUACUAGUAAGCAAUACAUGACCUUGAAAAGAAACAAGAAAAAAAAACCAAUUCUAACUUUUUCAGUAAAUUGUCAUACGCAAACAUUAGAGUGAGAAAGUUUGAUUUUUUUACCUUUUGAUAUUAUAACAUGUAAUAUUUUAUGAAACCAUGUAUAAUUUUAAGAUUGACAAUGUCUAAAUAUAUUUUAGUUAUAUACUCUACAUUAAUAGUUGAAAGAUUUAAAAAUUGUUGCAAGUUGGAAAAAAUGACAUUAUCCGAUCUAUCCAUGUCUAAAUUUUCUAGCAGAUCGAGCCAAUCUUAACUUAAUGAUGAAAUGUAUUAAUAUAAAGAUUAUGAGUAAUGUGCAAGUUUUCUUAUUAAUCAAUCUUCAACAAUUAAAAAAGCAACUUUUUUUUUAUAUGUAAACAUGAAGAUGUAUUGUUUAAAUAAAUUCAAAAUGAAAAUGAUGUAAUUUACAAAAUUGAAAGCCCGGUAGUCUAAAAAUUAUGCAUUUUUGUUUUUAAUAUAUUUAUUUCUAGGAAUUGUAAGUAAUUUAUUAAGUAACAAAACAUUUUAAUAAUCAAAUUACUUAUAUGUUUAUGAACAUUUUAAUGUCCAGAAUUUUCUUCUAAUUACAAUAUACAUCAAAGAUAUAAGAAUAUGUUAAAAAUAUGACUUCAAUAAAAACUUAAACAUGCAUUUGUCUUAAUCAACAUAUUGUCUACUAGCUGUUGCUCGCGACUCCGCCCAUGUGAAAU